GUACUAUCAAAGACAAAGACGACAUUCAACUUCGCUUCACAAUACGUCCUUCUCUCAUAUAUUCUAUGAAGAUACAACGCUGCUGUCCCAAACAUAGCCUGCAUUUCUGCAUCUGAGAACAAAUCGCAUCUCCAGCAUUCUACGCGGAAAUCCCCGGAGACGACCCAGCAUGCACCAGCGGACAUUCCGUCUAUCCUGCGAGGACGUUUCCAAAGCUUUGUAUGUUGUGGGUACAGAGCUGCAAGUGAACAUCAGCAGGCGGGCGCCUCCCACAUGCAAGUACUUCUCAGUGCAAUGCAGCCACACGGUGCACUACAGGAUCUCUCCCCCUGCCCCUCCCCAAGAGGACAGCACCCUGCUGCACCCCCUCACCCCAAAAUCCACCCUCAUCGUCACCAUGGACGCCGCCAGCGAGCAUGCUUUCGACAGCAAGCUGUCAGUGCAGUAUUACAGAGAUCCCAGGGAGGCGCUGGGGAAGGCUGUUCUUCACCUCACUGCAGUAGAGAUCUCCCUGGAUGUGGAUGCGGAUCGGGAUGGGGUGGUGGAGACGAACAAUCCGAAUAAGGGCUCCUGGAAGUGGGGCCCCAGGGGCCACGGCGCCAUCCUCCUGGUCAACUGCGACUCAGAGAGCACCUUCAGGAAGUCCCCAGACACAGAGAAGCCUGAGAUAACCAAGGUUUCAGAUCUGAAAGACAUGUCACGCAUGGUGGUGCGGACCAAAGGGCCAGCCCAGCUUCCUGAGGGCUACCUGCUGACCUUGCACGUGUCUCAGACUGAUGCGGAAACAAUCAGAGUUUUCCGGGAUGGGAAGCAGAACAGCAAUUCUAUCGAAUUCAGCAACAUCUUCAGUUACUUCACCAGAGACUACCCCCUGGUUUUGAGUGCGGACAGACUCUGCCAGGUGAUACCGUAUAAAGGGGGCGUCGUGGAAACAGAUUUCUUUGUGGAGGGCCUUCGUUUCCCGGAUAAGGACUUUGAUGGCCUGGUCACCAUCAACCUUAGUCUGCUGGAGCCCACCUCAAAGCUUUUCCCUGAAACGCCCAUCUUCACUGACAAGGUGAUGUUCCGCGUGGCUCCCUGGAUCAUGACCCCCAACACCCUGGAUCCUGUGGAGGUGUUUGUGUGCAGCACCUCAGACAACUACCCCUUCCUGAAGGCCAUGACGCACCUGGCGAAGGAGAGCGGCUGCAAGCUGAAGGUCUGCCACCAGUUCAUGAACAGAAAUGACCGCUGGAUGCAGGAUGAGAUGGAGUUAGGAUACAUCGACUCUCCCCAUCAGAGUUUCCCUGUGGUUCUGGAUUCUCCUCGAGGUGGACCCCUUACUGACUUCUCCUAUGAGGAGCUUCUGGGGCCAGACUUCGGCUUUGUGACGAGAUCAGCCUUUUGCAAGGAGGUGUCCAGUCUCGAUUCAUUUGGAAACCUGGAGGUGAGCCCUCCAGUCACUGUGCAUGGGAAGAGCUAUCCCCUGGGCAGGAUCAUCAUUGGAGUGGCCUUCCCCACAACCAUCCAUGGGCGCAACAUGACCCAGGUAGUCCAGGACUUUUUGUGGGCCCAGAAAGUCCAAGAGCCAAUUGCACUCUUCUCUGAUUGGCUGGCUGUUGGUCAUGUAGAUGAAUUCAUGUCCUUUGUCCCUGCUCCCGACAGAAAGGGGUUCCGGCUGCUCUUAGCCAGCCCAGACGCUGCAUACAGACUCUUCCAAAAUUUACAGCAUGAUGGACAUGGGGAGGCAAGGCUAUUUGAGGGAGUUCCAGGUAAAAAAACCAUGUCUGUGGAUGAUAUACUAAGUGACCCUCAACUCAGGUACACUAACAAUUAUGUCCAGGGCUGCAUAGACUGGAACCGGGACGUCCUGAAGAAGGAGUUGGGUCUGGAGGAGGGGGAUAUCAUAGACCUGCCCAUACUGUUCAAAAUGGAUGAAAAGAACCUGGCAGUGGCCUACUACCCUGACAUGGUGAACAUGAUCGUGCUGGGGAAGAACCUGGGGGUGCCCAAACCCUUCGGCCCGCAGGUGAAUGGACAGUGUGCGCUGGAGGCGGAGAUGAGCGCCCUGAUGGGCAGGCUGGGCCUCACCUGCUUCUUCAUCGAUGACUUCACUUCCUACCACAUGAAGCUGGGGGAGGUGCACUGCGGCUCCAACACCCGCCGACAGCCCUUCAGCUUCAGAUGGUGGAACCUGGAGCUCUGAGAGAGAGGGGGGGGAGAGAGAGGGGGAAAGACAGGGAGA